AUGAUCUCCUCAAAACCAUUCUUUCUGUCAUUAUUCUUUUUGCUUUUAACUUUGUUUUCUUCAACUUCUUUAGCUUUAGAUUGUUCUAAACAUGAUAUUUUAAAAAAUUAUAGAAUUUCAAAUACUAAAGAUGUAAGUCCAAUUUUCGAAUCAAUAGAAAAAGAUACACCACCUUCCAAAACAAAACAGCAGUGGUGGAUAAAUGUCUGCAAUAACAAAGAUAGUGAUCAUAAAAAUUUACCAGACAAAUGUUCUUCAGAUACAAUGCUAUGUGGGGUUGAGUAUGUUACCAUAGAUGAUCAAACCCUAUUAAUCGAAUUAAUAGACUUUGGCAUGAAAACUGAAACUAGUGUUUCUGUUUCUGAAAGUAAUGAGUUAACAAUUGAAAACAAGGGUUAUAAAUGGGGGAGCCAAGUUCUAAACUCAAAUAUCGUAUUUCAAUGUGAUACUUCUAAAGAAAAUGACGAAGUACAGGAAUUUGCAUGGGGUAGCGAUGAUUAUUUAGAGUUCACCGUUAAAGGUCCAAGUGGAUGUUUGCUUAAAAAAAAUGAUGGUGACAAUGACAGUGACGGUGGCAAUGGCAAUGACGGUGGCAAUGACAAUGACGACGAUAACGAUAACAACACCGUUAAAAAAUCUAAUGGUCAUUCAUGGUUUUUUUGGAUAAUAAUGUACGCAUUUUUAUUCACUCUCAUUUAUUUAUGCGCCACUUCGUAUGUCGCCACUAGAGGCGGUUCCUUAGCAGAUUUUCGUGAAGAAUUUGUAGAACGAGGAACUACUUUAAUCAAACUGUUUCCCCAAUUUUGUAAGGAGUUGAUAUACAGAGUAUUACACGGGUCGAACAACUCUAAUUCUCAUAGAGGUGGGUACAGUGCAGUGUAA